GGAGGAGCAGCUAACUAGCAAACAGGGCCUGGAAACACAGAAGCUAGAAAUAAACCGGGAGAGACACGCCUGUGGCGUAUUUCCGGCGCGCUAAGCGAGGAAGAUGGCUGCGUCCCAGCAGCAGGCUGCUGCGGCUUCGUCCGCUGCAGGUGUGUCGGGUCCGGGUUCGUCUGGUGGCCCGGGUCCCCAGCAGCAGCCGCAACCACCAGCACAGCUAGUGGGGCCUGCCCAGAGCGGGCUUUUGCAGCAACAGCAACAGGACUUCGAUCCAGUGCAGCGUUAUAAGAUGCUCAUCCCGCAGUUGAAGGAGAGCCUGCAGACCUUGAUGAAAGUCGCAGCCCAGAACUUGAUUCAGAACACUAACAUUGACAACGGACAAAAGAGCAGUGACGGACCUAUACAGCGCUUUGACAAGUGUCUGGAGGAGUUCUACGCACUCUGUGACCAGCUGGAGCUCUGCCUGCGCCUGGCACAUGAGUGCCUGUCCCAGAGUUGCGACAGCGCCAAGCACUCUCCAACGCUGGUGCCCACAGCCACCAAACCGGACGCUGUGCAGCCUGACAGCCUGCCCUACCCGCAGUACCUGGCAGUCAUCAAAGCCCAGAUUGCCUGUGCCAAGGACAUUCACACCGCUCUGCUGGACUGUGCCAACAAGGUCACGGGCAAGACACCUGCACCACCUACAGGCCCUGGGGGCACCCUGUGAGCUGGCAGGGCUGGGAGUGGGGCAGGCAGUAGGGGAAGGGGACCGGGAGGGAAUGAAGAGUGACCUCAAAGCC